AUGCCAUGGCGACGACUCCAGAAUCUCCAGGCUGUCCGAGGGCUUGUCACACCUCCACCGUGCUACGGAGAGCGACAUCAAUGCCUACCUCGAGGAUUUUUACAAGUGCGCCAUGAAUCCAGCACCUCCAAACCAGCUGGCACUCCUGAGCCAUAUCCAUCGUCAUAUUCAUCCUCAUCUCCGCCAUCUUCGGCUCCGUCGUCAUCAUCGUCACAACAUCACUCUGGCUCUCGCGCGACAGAAGACAAUGCGUCGCCAUCGAGCCGCGAAGAAAAGGCGAUUGAUCCCCGGCUCCCGGAGCUCGGUCGCCUGAUCCAAGACGACUACGCGGCAUUCAAGACGCACUACUCGACACCUCGCUACCCGAUCGUCCUCGCCCACGGGCUCCUCGGGUUCGACGAGUGGCGGGUCGCGGGGCCGUACCUCCCCAGCAUCCACUACUGGCGCGGGAUCAAGGACGCCUUCGCACGCAAUGGGAUCGAAUGCAUCACGACGACCGUCCCGCGGACCGGGUCGAUCGAGACGCGGGCGGCGGCGCUCUCGUCGCAGAUCACGCAGCACGCCCGCGGACGGUCCGUCAACAUUGUCGCGCACAGCAUGGGCGGACUCGACGCGCGCUACCUCAUCUCGCGCCUCUGCCCGUUGACAUUCCGCGUGCGUAGCCUGACGACCGUUGCGACGCCUCAUCGCGGCUCCAGCGCCGCCGACAUGCUCUUCCGCGACAUCGGGCCGGACCUGCUGCCGCGCCUGUACGCCGUGCUGGACCGGCUGCACGUCGACUCCGGCGCGUUCGCGCAGCUCACCACGGCCUACGUCAACGACCACUUCAACCGCGUCGUCCCCAACGACCCGGACGUGCAGUACUUCAGCUUCGGCGCCACCGCGUCGCCGCACCUGCUGUCGGUGUUUCGCCUCUCCCACGACCUGAUGGAGCUCGUCGAGGGCCCCAACGACGGCCUGGUCAGCGUGCGCAGCAGCCGCUGGGGCGAGUACAUGGGCACUCUGGACGGCGUGACCCAUCUGGACCUGAUCAACUGGACGAACCGCAUCAAGAGGCUCGCCGCCCGCUUGGGCAUCGUCACCGAACGCUUCAACGCCGUGGCCUUCUACCUGGGCGUUGCCGACAUGUUGGCCAAGGAAGGUUUCUGA